UGAGUGACAGUUCAUCCAUCCUCCGCUUUGACAGAGCAAGUGCACGGGGCAUCAGGCGGGAUCCGAGCUCAGUGAACCAGAUGAAAACUUUAACGGAAUAACAAUGAAUUUAAAUAACACAACCCAGCCCGCCCCGGUUUGUGUUUGUUGUAUUUCAUUAUUGAUAUUUCUACCAUCUCUGCGUGCCAUGCACUGAACGCGCCCAAGUGUCUCCGGUUACACUUGAAUUAUGUAAUAUGUGGCCAAAAGCGAAUUGAGGAUUUAAUACGAUGAUUUUGAGGAGGCUGUUUCAUGCAUUGCCUGCUUUCGCUUUUACGCUUUUUAUUUUGGUUUUGCUGGAUCUGCAGCUGCGCACCAGGAGUGACCAAAAGCACAAAAACGCGCACAAUGGGCACCAACGGACAACUUUUAUAUCAGAAACCACGGCUGAAAACCAACACAGAGAUGGUGUUCAUGAAGAAGAAAAAGUAGAAGGACAGAAAUGGACGGAGGUGAAGUCUACACCACCUUUAGAGCUUAGUGACAUCUUCAUUGCGGUGAAAACCACUGGCCGCUUCCACAAGAGCCGCCUUGCUCUUCUUUUGGAGACCUGGAUCUCUGAGACUAAAGAGCACACGUACAUAUUCACUGAUAGUCCAGACGUAGACAUUUCUUCAGAAGGUUUUAACGUUGUUGUCACUAAUUGUUCACCUGAGCAUAGUCAUCAAGCAUUAUCCUGCAAGAUGGCUGCUGAGUACGACUACUUCAUGGCCUCCUACAAAAAAUGGUUGUGUCAUGUUGACGAUGAUAACUAUCUGAAUCCCAGAGCUCUUCUCUCUCUCCUGACGGCCUUUCCAGCAGAUGGCGAUAUUUAUGUAGGAAAACCUAGUCUGGAUCGUCCAAUGAGAGCGCAGGAGCUUCUAGAAGGAAACAAGACGAGGGAUGUCCGUUUCUGGUUUGCUACAGGAGGGGCUGGUUUCUGUCUGAGCAGGAACCUGGCGGAAAGGAUGGCACCCUGGGCAAGUGGUCCCAGGUUUGAACAAACAUCUGCUGUGAUAAUGUUACCUGAUGACUGUACGGUGGGCUUUAUAGUUGAGAGGCGACUGGGCAUCUCUAUGAUCCAUAGCAACAUGUUUCACUCUCAUUUAGAAAACCUACUCCUUCUGUCCCCCAGCGAUAUCCCAAAACAGGUCACUCUAAGCUACGGAUGGUUUGAGAGUAAAAUGAACAGUGUUGAAUUAAAAGGAGUUUUUACCAAAGAUGAAGAUCCGUCCAGGUUCAGGACAGUUCACUGUCUUCUAUACCCUACAACAAGUUGGUGCCCAGUUGCCCUCAAAAGUGCCUUGUCAUGGAAUCAACAUGUGAUGCACUGAGCUAAAUGGACAAUAAUCAUGUAUAAUGUGAAAAAAUUAUGGUAUGAAUUUUCCUAAAAGACAUGUUUUAAGGGUAGUUGAGCC